CAAACAUUUUUGUUCCCUCCAACUGUCACAGCCCCAAAACACAAAUUUCUGUUUGUAUAAACAAAUCACAGGAGGAAAAGAAGAAAAAAGAACACAGAAAGGAGAAAAGGUAGAGAAGAGAAACAACAAGGCAAAUUGGUGUCCUGCAAACAAACCAGCUACUGAUUAUUCAAUUCCCUGAUUCCCACCUUUCCUCGGGUGGGAUCAGAGGAUUGGUUCUCAUCAUUCAAACCUGUUUAGAGGAAGAACAAGAACAAAGUGGAAGCUUUAUUCAAGUAGUUGAGAUCAUUGUAUGCACAAUUACAUGUAAAAAACCAACACAAGAAAAACAAACAGCCAGCUCUUUCUCCUUCCCUGCAGAUUGGUAGCAGCGCUUGAAUCCGAGGGAUACUCGCAAAGUUUGCAUCUUUCCUUGGUUUUCUCAAAUGGGUGUCCAAGAAAAUGAUGAAAGGAUGGAGGGCUGGUUGUACACCAUUAGGUCCAAUAGGUUUGGUUUGCAAUUCUCCAGGAAGAGGUACUAUGUUCUUGAACAGAACUGUCUCAAGUGCUACAAGGCCAUUCCCACUUCAGAAGUUGAGGAAUUGACUAGAAGUGCAACUAUGGAUUCUUGCAUUCGGGUCACAGACAACGGAAGGGAGAACAUCAACAGAAAAGUCUUCUACAUCUUCACACUUUACAGUACCUUAAACCAUAAUGACCAGCUUAAGUUGGGAGCAAGUAGUUCAGAAGAAGCUGCAAGAUGGAUUUCUUCCCUAAAGAAUGCUCUCUUAAAGGAAUGUCCACAUCCGACACAGAACUUUGUGGCCAUCUCCAAGAGCAAGUGGCCUCCCUUAAGACUAAGUAUUUCACGAAGAACAGAGUCGAAAAGGUCGAUAGACUAUUACUCAACAUUGCAUACCGAGGCAAUGACAUCUGAUGUCAUUGCACCCUCGCCUUGGAAAAUCUUUGGCUGUCAAAAUGGGUUGCGCCUUUUCAGAGAAUCCAAAGAUGCAUGUUCUCAAGACGGGAGGUGGGAUGACAAUCCAGCAAUCAUGGGAGUUGGUGUGGUUGAUGCAACUUCAGAAGUCAUUUUCCGGUCUGUGAUGUCUCUUGGUCAAUCAAGAUCAGAAUGGGACUAUUGUUUCUAUAAAGGCAGUGUAGUCGAACAUCUGGAUGGUCAUACAGAUAUAAUCCAUAAGCAGCUCUACAGCGAGUGGCUCCCAUGGGGGAUGCGAAGAAGGGACUUGUUAUUGCGAAGAUAUUGGAGAAGAGAGGAUGACGGAACAUAUGUAAUUCUAUACCAUUCGGUGAUUCACAAGAAAUGUCCACCACAGAAGGGUUAUGUUCGAGCUUGCCUUAAAAGUGGUGGAUAUGUGAUCACUCCCGUAGAUGAAGGCAACCGCACGCUUGUAAAGCACAUGCUUGCCGCGGACUGGAGGUUCUGGAAACUCUACCUCCGUCCAGCUUCUGCCAAAUCAGUAACCAUCCGUAUGGUUGAAAGAGUUGCUGCACUGAGAGAGAUGUAUCGAGCCAAAGCAGGCAAAUGCCCCUUCUCCAGAGAACUGCAGCGCCCUCCUCGGAAGGUGUCCCUUACUAAAUCCCAUGAAGCUACUCUAGAUGAAAACAGCCCUUUAGAUAACACACAGCUGAAUCAUGGUACUUCAACUGACGUGGAAUAUGGGAAGAAAAAGGGAUCCAUGUACACUAGCUUGGUGGCCCUCCACAAUUGCUCUGAUGAGUUCUUUGAUGUUCCUGACCAGGAACUCAAUGAAUUUGAUCACUCCGAGGUUGAGUGGUCUUCCUCCGAUACUCCGACAGCAUGUGCCCCGGAUAUAGACCACUCGCCUGCAUUCUCAUCUGCUGCUGGUCUUGUGAAGAAAUUGCAUGACCUUGCUGUUCAAAAGAAGGGUUAUGUUGAUUUACAAGAAGCAUCAGAAGACAAUAGUAACUUCUGUUCCUAUGGAUCAACUCUUCAAAAGGAUGCAAAUGGUUCUUGCCCAUGCAGUUGGUCAUCUGCUGAUCCUUCGACAUUCUUGAUCCGUGGCGAAAACUAUUUGAAAGACAACCAGAAGGUAAAGGCAAAAGGAACAAUGAUGCAGCUGGUAGGUGCAGAUUGGCUAAGAUCAGACCGGUGGGAGCAAGAUCUUGGAAGCCGCCCCAAUGGCAUUGUUCAGAAGUAUGCAUUACAGAAUCGGCCAGAGUUCUUCUUCAUUGUCAACAUUCAGGUUCCUGGUGUUCCAGUUUACACCCUAGCCUUAUACUACAUGCUGAAAACCCCUUUGGAAGAACAACCAUUGUUGAACAGCUUUGUCAAUGGGGAUGAUGCUUAUAGAAACUCGAGGUUCAAGCUCAUUCCAUUCAUCCCAAAGGGAUCUUGGAUUGUGAAGCAGAGUGUUGGGAAGAAAUCGUGCUUGGUUGGUCAAGCACUUGAAAUCCAUUACCACCGCGGCAAGAACUACUUGGAGCUUGCAAUUGAUGUUGGAUCAUCAACUGUUGCUAGAGGUGUGGUGAGUCUUGUUAAUGGUUACAUGACCAAUCUGGUCGUGGAAAUGGCAUUCCUAAUUCAGGCCAACACUGAGGAAGAACUGCCAGAGCUCCUGUUGGGAACAUGUCGACUCAACAAUCUCGACGUGGGAAAAGCAGUUGCUGUGUAAAUGACUGUUGUGACUGGGAAUCCUCUGAAGAUGUUUUAUGGGUGAUUGAGAUUUGAGACUAACAUGGGGGAGACACUAUGAAUUCUGAAGAGGAGAUGAAUGAAGAAAGAGCAUUUCUGUGUCUCUGUUAUCUCUUGUAGUAUGUUGAGCUAACUGAUUAUUUGUAUAGGCUGAUGGUCCGUAUAACACCUCUUUUGAGCUAACCAUUUCAGUAAGUUAUUACAAAAACAGUGUUAUAGUUGCCAACAUAAUUCUCUUGGGGUGGGACAAUUUUGUAUAUUCUCAAGAGAUCAUAUUUAGUUGAUUCCUAUCUGUUCUUGUUCAGUAUAAAGAGGAAGAUAUUGAAUUAUCUACCAUAUCAUCAGCUACAUAACCAUCUCAAACAAGAAAAAUACAGUUUUUGCCUUUGUUUCCACCAAACACCAUAUAUAUUAUUUAAUCAAAGUACAAAGUGAAGCCUUGCUCCAUCGCUUCAGCAUGUCUCCAAGGUUUACUAUGAAAGCUCUGUUCAACAUGAAAACAAAAAACAAAACAUCAUGUUUUGUGCAUACAAGUGCUGGUGCUGCUUGCCACUGUAGUUUUUACUCCACAAAAAUGACAUAGCUUACACAAACACACAAUAUGAUCAACCAGUCAAAGAUAGUAAAGUAUCAGCAAUCGAUAAACUCACAACAUGCUCACCCUUGCAUUGGGGCUACAUGUUCCCAUAUUUGAGCCUGAGUAUCUUUGCAUGGAAGAGGCGUUUUGAG